UGCCAGUGGGGGAAAGGCUGCAGGUUUGUUGUAGAGAGUUUAUCACUGAGACAGGGGUCAAGUGAAAGACAAAGAAAAAUGGCGAUUGCGUUGCUUUACGGGGUUCAGAACAGCAAGGUUUACCCUCUGCAAUGUGUCCUGCCUGCAUUGUACUGGAGCUUCCUUUGGGAUUCUCUGAAUUGGAGGCGCUUUUGAUUGUUGGCCUCCUUUUUCGGAGCCGAGGAGAGUCUUCCAUUGCUCCUUUCCCACCCCCUCCCUCCGGAGCAGCAGAGGGAAAAUCAUACCGUAAGCCUGGACCUUAGGGAAUGUCUGCCACUGCAGAUGGUUCGUUCAGUACAGCCGCUCAAGGAGGUGGCAACAGCGAAGCCCAACAUCUGCUGCAGACGUUUUGGCCACGUGUCAUGGAAGAGAUACGCAACUUAACACCGAAUGAUUUCAAGAUGCAGGAUCUUCCCUUGGCUCGUAUCAAGAAGAUUAUGAAGCUUGAUGAAGAUGUGAAGAUGAUCAGUGCCGAAGCACCAGUGCUAUUUGCUAAAGCAGCUCAGAUUUUCAUUACUGAGUUAUCCUUACGAGCAUGGAUACAUACUGAAGAUAACAAGCGUAGAACUCUGCAGAGGAACGAUAUCGCCAUGGCUAUCACAAAGUUCGAUCAGUUUGAUUUUCUAAUUGAUAUUGUCCCUCGGGAUGAGCUCAAGCCACCAAAACGGCAGCUUCAGAUGCUCCAAAGGAUGGCGGUGGAACAGGUGUUUCUGGGAAUAAUCCGGAAGAUGCAGGAUCAUUUCAUUCCAAAGAGGAAGAAAGAUUCUAAGGGGAGUAAGAGGAGACCGUGGCUGACAAGUGAAGUCAAGGACAAUAUAAAAAUAAAAGAGAAGAUGUAUAACAUAGCAAAGAUGAGCGGGAAGCCAGAGGAUUGGGCAACUUUUAAAGAUCAACAGAAGGAGGAAGUCCGCCAGGCAGUUCCAAGCUCUGAGCAAGUGCAGUACUAUUUCACGUUGGCCCAGCAGCCCACCACAGUGCAGGUACAGGGGCAACAACAAGCUCAGGCUUCUGGUGGCUCAGCCAUUCAGCCAAGUCAGAUCAUCAUUGGACAGGCACAGCAGGGCCAGGUGCAGGGAGCCACUGUCCAACAACUGCAGCAAGUGCAGGUCGCACAGUCGCAGACGGCAGCAACAGCAAUCACGAGUGCCCCAGUGACGAUGCAGGUUGGCGAUGGACAGCAGGUGCAGCUUGUUCCUGCACAGAACCAAACGCAGGCAGCUCAGACCAACUCGGUGCAAACCAUGCAGGUCAUGCAGCAGAUCAUCACCAACACCGGCGAGAUCCAGCAGAUACCAGUGCAGUUGAAUGCUGGACAGCUGCAGUAUAUUCGCUUGGCUCAGCCUGUAUCUGGAGCGCAAGUGGUACAAGGACAGAUCCAGACCCUUGCCCCAGGCAAUCCACAACAGGUUAGUCAAGCAGAGGUUCAACAGGGUCAGCAGCAGCAACAACAGCAAUACAACCAGUUUACCGAUGGACAGCAGCUGUACCAGAUUCAGCAGGUCACCAUGCCAGCCGGACAGGAUAUCACCCAGCCUAUGUUCAUCCAAUCCACCAACCAGACUGUAGAUGGACAGACGGCCGAGGUCACAGAAUAGUCUCAAGUGAUGGAGAGCGGAGAGCAACUGCCACAGAAGCCAUUGUAUAAAUAGUACAGCCACUAAAUAAUUGGGAUAGAAAUUGAUUUUUUAAAGUUUUUUUCACCAUUGCAUUGUGUUAAGUAAAAUUAAUUGUACAUAUAUAAAAUGCAAUAAACUCCUUCCAAGUAGACCUUUGUAAGUGCAAAUACAAGAGUAGAGAGGAAGGGAGUUCUUGUCCGUGCUGAUUAUCCAGUACCAUCACUGAGAUUAUUGCUGUUCUGUCGUUGACUUGUACAGUGUUGUGCCUCGGCUUUUUUAUUAUAUAAAGAAAUGCAACAAUUGCUUAUAAAUGUGAGCAGGGUAGCCAGAUUUAUUUCUUGGCUCACUUACCAAGGGACAGUCUCAUCCAGAGUUUUGUAGUAACACAUUUAUAAACUAAUAUUCUCUAUCGGUGACAAAUUAAAAAAUGUCUACAUGCACAUUGAUGAAAACUGGAGAAUGGAUCAUUAGGAUGUGUUUAUAGUAUCAGGUUCAAUUUCCUGCAAGGUAAUUUACUUAUGACACUUGGGUUUGGCACAUAUACAUUUAGUCAAAUAUUACAUUUUAUUUUCAGAAUGCAUCUUAAUAACUUCAAGUCUUUCAGCUAUUGGUGAAAAUGAAAUUAAUUUUCCUCAUUUAUAACCUUACUUGAAAUUAGUGUUAAAGUAACGACUGCUUGGAUCUAAGUGACCAGUGAACUGCGUUAUGCUGUAAAGCUGCGUGGGUUGGUCACGUGCUGGUUUAUACCUGACAUAAGAGGGUAUCUAUUUGUGUGAGGACCCUCAUUACAUGCUGAGGCUCCCAGUUUGGCAGCGUGCUGUUUAGUAAUUUCCCUCCACAUCACGUUGAAGGAGAUUCCUGGUUCCUCCCAUGGCAUUUGGCCUGUAUACUGCAAGGUAAUAUGGAUGAGGGAGAUCCUCUCAUCUAACCAGCAAUAAAUAUUAAACUUUACCCUGCAUCCACCUCUUAUCGUGCAAUAUAAUAAUUCCAGAUUUCUGCCAUUGUCACUCUUCAUGAAAACCCUUGUGUUGACCUUUGCAUAAAUGACUCGGUGGCAGUACCACAGUUGCCUUCCAUCCACUGGAAGUCAUGUAUUGUGGAUCUUUUACAGUGUUGUUUGGAAUUCUACUUUUUAUUGUCGCAUUUACUAUCAUGUGGUUCUCUUGAUCUUCUCUGUUUUAAACUCGGCAGAUCUAGUUUCUGGAGACACCAGGAACUAAAGAUGCUGAAACCUUGAGCAAAACAGUGCUGGAGGAACUCCACUGGACAGGCAGCAACUGUGGAGAGAAUGAACAGGCAAUUUUUCAGAAGGAUCCCGACCCGCAACUUCGCCUUUUCAUUCCCUCCACAGAUGCUGCCUGAUCUGCUAGGUUCCUCCAGCACUUUGUGUUUUGCUUAAGAUCUAGUUUUGCUCGGCUUUUCUCAUGAGACCUGUGGCACCAACGUUGAGGCCCGUGGAUGUUUUCUGUAGUGCUUCAAUGUCUCCUUUUCUGCUUUGCAGACUAGAAACAGAAACUUCAAUAUGGUGCUGUAACUGGAUUGUAAUGCAACUUGGCGUAAGCUAUGUUGCUGAGCAUUGAAUCAGCGUUUUAAAUGUUCCUAUGCAGUGUUAUAUCCACUCUCGUGAUAUGGCCAGCAUUUUUUUUUACUCAGCCCUGGUUAGCUGUGGUAAAUGAUGGACAACCACUUAGAACUGCAGUCAGUGAGGGGUAGGUGCUCUUUUAGUCAAAAGUUAGAAACCAGAGAAGUCCAUAAAUAAAUCCCUUGGAACUCUUCUGUCAUUCAAUGAGAUCACAGUGUAUCUAUGGCUCUGUAUAGCCCAGUCUUUUCCCUAUAUAAGUCUUUGGUUAACAAAAUCCUAUCAAUCUCAAAUUUAACCUCCAGGCAAGAAUUGCCAAUUGAUGAAGAGAAUUCCAGAUUACUUUCACCUUCCUGUGUAGGUAAAUAUUUCCUGCCUGCCUCUUAUGUUUCCCUUUACUCCCACAGAAAUAAGAAUGACCCAGCAAUUAUUGUUUUUUACCCUCCUUAUCCCAUCAGAUCUUUGAAAAUGUUAUUCAAAGCACACAUUAAUCUUCUAAAUUACAGGAAUACAGCCCUUGUUCCGGGAGAUUGGCUAAGUGUUUGCAGUUAUUGACUCUAAUAGAACACAACACCUCCCUCUUGAUGUAGCAUUGAGUCAUUUGACAAUGUUCAAAGAGUAAAUGCUGCACUAUUUUCCUCCCUGUGAACUGGGUCUUGUCAAUAUUGUUUCAUCAGUUUCUCCAUUACUUAGGAAGUUUGCCUCACUUGAUUUUUUACUAGUUCCAAAAUGAAAUGCAUCUUCCCAACGUUGCUACUUAUGUAGGUUAACAAAUUGAAUUACUAUAUUACCAAACGUGUUCCCUCGCCAAGAACACGGUUGGCUACUCUAUAGGGGACCCUUAGUCCUUUCAAUAGCCUGUUUAUUAUAUCAAAAUUAUUUCCUGUUAACUGUGCUGUAGUCCGUUCCUGUUAUUGAAAUGGAAGCAAGAGAAGAUCGGUUAACCUCUGUUCUUCAGUAAGAUCUCGACUGAUACCUUUGAUCUCAACUCUUUUCCUUCCCAAUCCCUACAACCACUGGUUGCCUCUGGUAAUGGUACUGAGAGACCAGUAUGUUUAGUCAUAGAGCUAUACAGCACAGAAACAGUCCCUUCAGCCCACUUCAUCCAUGCCGACCAAGUUGGCAUAUUGGGUUGGUCCUAGUUGCAUGAAUUUGGCCAAUAGCCCUAUAAAUCGUUACUCUUCAUAUGUGGAUUUUAAAUCGGUAGAGGUGAAAAUACCUGUUUGAAGGAUUGAACACGAUCAGUAAUCCAUGCAAACAGUUACUGUGUGGAUUGCAGGAUCAAAGUCAGCCUCAUGUCAUUUAACGGCAUCCUUCUCUAUUCAUUCUGCCCAGCAGGGGUCAGCGCUCAUUCGUUUUCUAAUGGUACUAAUUCCUUUAUAGAAUUGUGUAGAUGGAAGCUAUUCAGUUCAUCUGGCUGAUGCUGGCUCUUUGGGAAAACUAUCCAGUUAGGGUCUCGACCUGAAACGUCACCCAUUCCUUCUAUCUUUCCAGAGAUGAUGCCUGUCCUGCUGAGUUACUCCAGCAUUUUGUGACAGUGGGAUUGGCUGGAUUGCUCUUGCAUAGAACUGCUACUGAAUGGCCUCCUGUACUCUAAUAUGACUACUUUUAAAUUGGGGGCAGGCUGCUUGACUUCCUAAAUCUGCUCUAGCACGUGAUGAGAUCAUGGCUGGCCUGAUUUGUUGUCCAGUUUCCUUAUCUGUCAGUCAUAGCUCUGUAACCUCUUUGCUUUUCCAGUCCUUUUUCUGUUUGCAAAAGUAUUAAAUCUGUUUCCACCAUCUUUUGGGUAGUAACUCCCAGAUUGUAGCACACAAAAUUAUUCUUCCCUUACACACAGGGUUUUAACUGUACAUCUUUCAUCUCUACUUACCUGCCCAUGGGGACAUUUCUUCCUACCAAAUUCCUUUGUAAUUUUGAGUGUGUCUACCAUCACUCCUGCUAACUGUGGUAUAAGGCCAUGAAGAUGGUAUCUGUUGUGACAUCUGAGCAAUGGAGCAAGCUACAUAAACGCUGCUCCUGUGGCAGCUGGGUUUAUUUUCUAUCCAGCAUGUUGUGAUGAAACGGUCUGACUUAGCAUUGACUAUCCAUUCCCUCCCAGGUCAAUGGCGCAGGACUGAGAAAAAUGCUGAGAUUGCCCAUCCAUUACACCUCGCACAUUUGGGAAAUGGUAACACUAAUACUGGAACAAAGCUUGAAGAGCUUUUCCCCAAAGAAAUCCUAACAGUGCUUGAGGUGGAACCAAAUACACCCUUGCCCACGAUGUGUGUUUUUAUUGCAGAAAAUUGUUAAUCCCUGAAAAUGUGUACUUGUUUGGAACAUGUACUUUGGGUGGUCCCAUGGGAACUCUGGUUAGUUUUUUUGUAUUAUUGUUACUUGAGUUUAAAAAAAAAAAAAAAAUCUGUUGGGUCAAUGAAGAUGCAGGGAUUCUGAAUCGAGUUAGGCAGUGGUCAUGAUGAUACUGCCGUAUUAGGGUAGGACCAUACAAGGACCAUUUGUGAUGCAUCAUAGAAUAGGCAAUGAUCUUUGUAUUUCCAAGGUAGUGUUUACCAUGAGGAAACCCACUCUACCCCACUCCUGAUUGCUUCUCCUUUCUCUCCCUCCUCUCUGGGAAUUAUUCAUAUUCAAUGUACCCCAUCUUUGUUAGCAUACUUGCCUGCCUGCAUUCAUCCUGCUAGGAUAUCAAGAUAUACGCACAAGUCAUUAUCUCUGGUGAGCUCCCAUAUCCUUCCUUUAAAGAGUUUUGUGUUCAUUGAAAGUUGGAAAGGUGUAGACAUUGUUGCUGCUCCUCCCCUAAAAUGGUUGAGUGUCUUUUCCAUUUGGAAAUAUUGUACAUCAGGCCCUCUGCUACAAUGUCUAGCACUUCUCCAACAUGUGUGUAAUACACCGAAUGCAUUUGUUGUUUGAAAUUGUCUUAAGAAUUUUCUGAUAUCCAGAGUCUUUGAUAUUCUCCCACUUUUACUUUAUAAAUCUUUAGAAAUAAAAACCUUUGUUAUAAA